AUGGUAACAUCAAAACCACAUGCAAUUCUUCUGGCAAGUCCUGGCAUGGGGCACAUAAUUCCCAUGGUGGAGCUAGGCAAGCGCCUCCUCACACACCACGCCUUCCACGUCACCAUCUUCGUCGUCACCACCGAUUCCGCAACCACAAACUCUCAGAUUUUGGAACAAACAUCCAACCUUAGCUCCCUCAACAUCGUCAAUGUCCCUCCGAUUGAUCUCUCCGACAAACUACCACCCAACCCUCCCUUAGCUGCACGAAUCGGGUUAACCAUUGUCGAGUCCAUUCCCUUUCUACGCUCCUCCAUCACAUCCAUCAAGGACCUUUCUCCUCCUUCAGCUCUUAUCGUUGACAUGUUUGGUCUUCCAGCUAUUCCCAUGGCAAGUGAACUCGGCAUGUUAACCUACGUUUACUUCGCCACCAGCGCCUGGUUCUCUGCAGUUACAGUUUAUUUUUCUGCCGUGGACGAGAAGAUUAUGGAAACACACGCCGAAAGCCGCGAACCACUUUUGAUUCCUGGCUGCGAACCGGUCCGGUUCGAGGACACGCUCGAACCAUUUUUAUCUCCGGGAGGGGAGCUGUACGAGGGUUACCUUCAAGCGGCAAAGGAUAUUGUAGCCGCUGAUGGAAUUCUGAUGAACACGUGGCAAGAUCUGGAGCCCUCUGCGACGAAGGCGCUGAGAGAUAAUGGGAUUUUGGGACGGUUUACGAAGGGAGAGACGUAUGAGAUUGGACCGUUGGUGAGAACCAUAGAGGCAAAACCGGAGGGUGGAGAGAAGGAUGCGAUUUUGCGAUGGCUGGACCGGCAACCGCCGGAGUCGGUGAUCUACGUCUCGUUCGGGAGCGGUGGGACCAUGUCAGAGAACCAAAUGAGGGAGAUAGCGUUGGGUUUAGAGCUGAGUCAGCAAAGGUUCGUUUGGGUGGUGCGGCCACCGUGCGAAGGAGACGCUAGUGGCACGUUUUUCAACGUCUCGAGUGGCAUUGACGGCACCUUGAGUUACUUGCCUGAAGGGUUUCUGGGAAGAACGGAGGGUGUGGGGAUUGUAGUCCCCAUGUGGGCAUCCCAGGCGCAGAUCCUGGAACAUCCUGCGACAGGGAUGUUCGUAACGCACUGUGGUUGGAAUUCCGUUCUGGAGAGCGUGGUGAACGGCGUUCCCAUGGUGGCGUGGCCGCUUUACGCUGAGCAGAAAAUGAACGCUUUCAUGCUGUCGGAGGAGCUUGGAGUGGCGGUGCGCGUGAAGGAGGAGGCCGGAGGAGUUGUAGGAAGGGAACAGAUAGCGGAGUUGAUGAGAAGAGUGAUGGUGGAUGAAGAAGGUGUUGGCAUGAGAAGCAAAGUGAAGGAGCUGAAACUGAGUGGAGAGAAAGCGUUGUGCAUGUUUGGCUCUUCUCAUCAUUCACUCUGUGAAAUUAGAGAAGCCUGUGAAGUUCAUCUCCAAUCUUCUGAUACAAAACUAUCCCCUGCCUGCUACUCGAGGGUUAACACCACUGUGUUCAGCAACGUUGUUUCCUAUUGA